AUGGAUUCCAACAAAGCUUCGCAACCCGCUGAAAAGACCGCAUUCGUCCUGGGCAAAUUCCCGCUUGACAAAGGCAAAGCCAAAGGCGUACAGGACGACAAAGUCAUCGAGGCUCGUACAAAGCUCGCUAGAGCGAUGGCGGAACGAUUGGUGAACGGGGGCAAUUUGCGACAGAUCGGAUUCCAGAACAAUAUGACGGGGGACCAGGCAGGGCGGUUGAUUGCCGAACUUGCUCUUCAGGCCUCGAAGAAGACGGAGGAUAGUCCAGAGGCGUGA